AUGACCGAUCUUCUUGGAAAUCGUGGAGUGAAAUUAGAUUCGGUCAUACUGACAAAGGUUAACCCUUCUCCCACACCCGUGAAGUCUACCCGGAUAAUCUGUGAUCGAUCAGCAGAGAAGAAGUACCAACUGGGUGAUAAAAAUAAGCGGAACAUUUUGGCCAAUCCGAAUGAUGGCUCUGUGCAUGCAGUGCGUUGGAAUAAAUCAAUACGGACCCCAACAACACAGCCUAAGACCUAUUACGUGAGCGGCGGAAAUGGAUCAGCCAUGGUUGAGGCAGUGUUGAACCGUCUGGGUUGGGUCCGAUAUCUGGACAAGGAGAGCGCGGUCCAGUUUCGCUGGGUUCAAUGCCAUCAGCAGAUUCACUAUGCCGACUUCAAAGAAGGUUUACAUCUGGUUAACCACAUACCCAACUGUGGUAUACUGACAAACAAAUUGGGACUCCUGCUCAGUCUCCGUGAGUAUGAACGCCGAUAUCAGCUUCGUUACGGAAGAGCCCCAUCUGUGAGCAUGCACGAUUUCUUCCCGGAAACCUACAUUGCGGAUGACCCAGUUGAACGUGACGCCUUCUUUGCAGCUUACGAAAGCAGUGAGACAAAAGUCUGGAUCAGUAAACCGAUCGCGAUGAAUCAAGGCAAAGGAAUAUUCCUUGUACGUGAUAUCAGCGUAUUUAAAACCAUUUUGGAAGAUCGUGACAAUGAAGCAAAGGCACUAUCGAUUGGACUUGCUCCCAGAUUAAUCCAAAAUAGUUACAUUGCAAUCAUAAAAUGUACAGCGGUCCCAUGUCUUGUCAUCGUCAAACUUCCAUCCACGGUCUACUUCACCAUUCAGUACAUUCAAAAGAAGUCCCCCAACUAUGCUCAGGUGAAGAAUGAGACGGUUUGGACGAUCGAUCAGCUGAAUGACUACAUAAAUCGAUAUUACCGAGUAUCAAAAUGUCUUCCCUUCGAUUGGGUGAAGACCGUGUUGCAAUAUCGCAUUCGGCGCAUCAUCCACCGAACCUUCCUCGCUGUGAAGAACCGCCUGGCAACGCGAUUGGGCAUGUUCCAGCUGUAUGGAUUGGACUUUCUCCUGGAUGACCAGUUCCAGGUUCACAUCAAUACCUCUUUGUUUACCCAGCCCUGGCUUCUGGAAGUCAAUUCAAACCCUGCAAUGGCCACAAACUGUGAUGCGCUGAAAUCAGUCCUACCAGAUCUAAUUGAGAAAUCCAUACAUAUCAUCCUUGAAUGCUUUGAAAAGGCACAGCAAGGAGAGCCACUCCUUCCAAUGAACGGACUGCCUAACCAUAACAGCUCAUCCCACAGCGUUAGACUUGAAAUUACGGAAGAUGUCGAUACGGGAGAAAAAACCGAUCGCUCCAAACUUUUGGAUCGUUUGGGGUUACCAGAAGGAUUUGUUCUUAUUUACAAGGAAUCAGAUGCAGCCUUCAGAGCCAGAUGGCCCAUGGCUCAGUCUACACCUUUAAGGGGUUGGGUAGCCCCUAGAUUCAAGCCUCCCGUGCCCCCAGGAUACCGCUCCUGCUCCGGAACCCCACGAUCAGCUCGACCAGAGAUCGGUGGUCAGGAUACAGGUAAAGGAAAGGUGUCCAAAAACUCAGAUUAUGUUUCAGUCAAUCAGCUGUCUCUCAAACGGUUGAGGACCAACAGCAAAGUUGUUGAAUCAUUCCAGCUUGGAGAACAGAUCAUACGCAAUUCCUUGUUGCGGCGUGAAUCAUCUUUGAUUACUCGUCAAAAGAAGGCCUUUCCUCUAAACUUAGAACACGUUGGACGACAGGUUAGCUUACCAGCCCCACUUGUCCAAAUUGAUAGACCUGUGAAAGCUACCCAGGCUUUCAUACCCAAAUUCCGAGUACCCACAAAUGGUUUGCACGAUAGUCUACUACGCAAAAGUAUUUCACUAAAUGAUGUGGUUCGAGAUUCGCGUGAUGCGUUAAGCCAAACCGUAUCGAAUCGAAACCCUUCUUUAGCAAAGUUUAUUCCUGAAGAAGUGAGACAGGGUCUUGGGAACCGGUUAAGGCCCUUGUUGGCAGUACCAAUGUUUAACGACAUGAAACAAGAUCCAAAAAAAGACAAAUCAACAAAACCAACUGAAACUUGUGAACUUGGCACAGCUGAUCUUCCAGCACAGGGGCUUGUGAAUACUCUGCCUGUCAAUGCUAGUUCAACCUCAUACACCACAGCUACGUCGCCAGAAAAAGAACUCAGUGCUCACUCCUGA